AUGUCAUUCAACGAUCUCGAACGAGGCUCCUCAUCAAGGGGCGGUGGCUCCGGCGGAGGCGGCGGUGGACCACGCAAAACCCCUCUCCCACUCUACCGCAACGAAGUAGCGCCCUCACUACCUCCAGAAUUCGAAAAGCUCACCAAUAAGAUCGGCAUCCAAAUCUUCAAGAUCAACUCGAACGUCACUGCUAUUCAGAAGCUCAUCUCGCUCUCGUCCUCCUCCGCCUCAUCCAACACAUCCGCCAAAGCAGCGGGUCAAGACUGGAGUAAACGCAUCAACGAUCUGAUAGAGACUACACGCGAGCUCAUCAAAGAUGCCACCACCGAUAUCAAGUCACUCUCCACUUUCCCGCUUGGACCAUCCAAUGGCGGCGCAAAGCUCACCCAAGGGAAAUUGCAACGUGAUUUCCAGUCGGCAGCGAUGCAGUUCCAGCGUGUCCAGAAGGAAGCGGUGGCUACCACGAGAGCCAAGUUGGAGCAGGACAAGCAGAAGGAGCGACAGAUGUUGAAGUCGAGAAACUCUCAGUUGCUGAUUGACACGGAAGAGUCGAAGCGUAAUAACAACGCUGCUGGGGUGUCGCAGGAAGGAGGAUUGCAAGCCGAGUCGCUGGACUUGUUGCCCGAAGGGCCAUCACAGGCGGAUCUGGAAUACCAGGAGUCGCUGAUCACAUCCAGAGAGGCAGAGAUCAGGGAGAUCGAGAGUGGUGUUCAGGAGUUGAACGAGAUCUUCCGUGAUCUCGGCAACAUCGUGCAGGAGCAGGGAGGGAUGAUUGAUAACAUCGAAUUUAAUAUCAACUCAAUCGCAGAGAACACGGCGGGUGCGGAUCGAGAGUUGGUGGUGGCCCACGAGUAUCAGAGGAAAGCAGGAAGGAGGUGUAUCUGUCUGUUGCUCGUAGUUGGGUUUGUGGUUGCGAUUGUUUUGUUGGCUGUUCUCAACUGA